UUUUUUUUUCUUUUUUUUGUCUUCUGUCCAGCAGGAUGCCAAGGAAGGGGAGGAGGUCUGAGGCGGCCAGGCGCCGAUGGAGUAAGCUCGACCUGGAGGAGCCGACUCCCUCCACUUUCCCCCUGAAGACGGUGUCCCCCCCGGCCGGAGAGGAGCCUUCCACAGGGUCGAGGACCAGGGAGACCCACCCCCCCUGCUCCCGAGCUCCAGUCAGCAACUUGGUUGGAUCUUCACCCCCAGCCAAGCCUUUCUGGAGCACGGGAGAUGUCCUUCCCAAAGUUCGGCCAUGCCGCGGUACCGGGUUCCGCCAUCGGGUGCUGAGGUGGCCAACUUCAAAGCUCACAGGACGGAGCCACAAGUUGGUCAUCCCGCCGGAGUCUCCUGACAAGAAGUUUGUUCUGAUUGUCGGGGACUCCCACCUGCGGUCCAUCGCGGACGGUUUCGCCGUGAUGCCAGAGGGUAAGUUCUCGUUUGGCGUCAUGUCAACCCCUGGGGCCCACGCUGCUCAGCUGCGGACGGAGGUCCUGCAUGCUGAUCUUCCUCGGGCCCCUGCUGCGGUCUGUGUUCUUGCCCCCAGCAACAACCUGACGGCGAGCAGGACCAUCGACGAGGCAGCCGUCGACUAUGCAAGUUUCCUCACUGCUGUGAGGAGCCGCUGGCCGGAGGUUUUUGUGCUGGACUUCCCCCCCCCGCCUGCAGGAGGAUGA